AUGUCUCUGGCCAGAGUACAACUGAGCUGUGUCUCUGUCUCCAUCCAGAGUGUGACUCAGCUGUGGCUCUGUCUUUGGCCAGAGUGUGACCCAGCUGUGUCUUUGUCUUUAUCCAGAGUGCAACUGAGCUAUGUCUCUGGCCAGAGUACAACUGAGCUGUGUCUCUGUCUCCAUCCAGAGUGUGACUCAGCUGUGGCUCUAGUGCAACUGAGCUAUGUCUCUGGCCAGAGUACAACUGAGCUGUGUCUCUGUCUCCAUCCAGAGUGUGACUCAGCUGUGGCUCUGUCUUUGGCCAGAAGUGUGACUCAGCUGUGGCUCUGUCUUUGGCCAGAGUGUGACCCAGCUGUGUCUUUGUCUUUAUCCAGAGUGCAACUGAGCUAUGUCUCUGGCCAGAGUACAACUGAGCUGUGUCUCUGUCUCCAUCCAGAGUGUGACUCAGCUGUGGCUCUAGUGCAACUGAGCUAUGUCUCUGGCCAGAGUACAACUGAGCUGUGUCUCUGUCUCCAUCCAGAGUGUGACUCAGCUGUGGCUCUGUCUUUGGCCAGAAGUGCAACUGAGCUGUCUCUGGCCAGAGUACAACUGAGCUGUGUCUCUGUCUCCAUCCAGAGUGCGACUCAGCUGUGGCUCUGUCUUUGGCCAGAGUGUGACCCAGCUGUGUCUUUGUCUUUAUCCAGAGUGCAACUGAGCUAUGUCUCUGGCCAGAGUACAACUGAGCUGUGUCUCUGUCUCCAUCCAGAGUGUGACAGCUUUGGCUCUAGUGUGACUCAGCUGUGGCUCUGUCUUUGGCCAGAGUGUGACCCAGCUGUGUCUUUGUCUUUAUCCAGAGUGCAACUGAGCUAUGUCUCUGGCCAGAGUACAACUGAGCUGUGUCUGUCUCCAUCCAUCCAGCUGUGGCUGUCUUUGGCUCCCAGCUGUGGCUCUGUCUUUGGGCCAGAGUGUGACCCAUCUAGUGUGACUCAGCUGUGGCUCUGUCUUUGGCCAGAGUGUGACCCAGCUGUGUCUUUGUCUUUAUCCAGAGUGCAACUGAGCUAUGUCUCUGGCCAGAGAGCUACAACUGAGCUGUGUCUGUGUCUCCAUCCAGAGUGUGACUCAGCUGUGGCUCUGUCUUUGGCCAGAAGUGUGACAGCUGUGGCUGUGUCUUUUGGCCAGAGUGUCCCAGCUGUGUCCAUCCAGAGUGCAACUGAGCUAUGUCUCUGGCCAGAGUGUGAGCUGUGUCUCUGUCUCCAUCCAGAGUGCCCAGUGACUCAGCUGUGGCUCUGUCUUUACCCAGAGAGUGACCCAGCUGUGUCUUUGUCUUUAUCCAGAGUGCAACUGAGCUAUGUCUCUGGCCAGAGUACAACUGAGCUGUGUCUCUGUCUCCAUCCAGAGUGCGACUCAGCUGUGGCUCUGUCUUUGGCCAUCCAGAGUGUGACCCAGCUGUGUCUUUGUCUUUAUCCAGAGUGCAACUGA